GUCAUUACGGUAAUUGUAGGCUGCGGAGCCUCUCGGUGUCCGACAGACCAGGAGUUGCGCUGGAAGGCACUGCGCCCGACAGGUCUCGGAUGUUAUCCUUUCUUCUGAGCCACAGACAACUUCCCAUCUAGCCAGGUCUGGUCACCUCUCUGCCAAUUGGAGGUGACACAUCAAUGGGGUGAAGUACAAAUUGUCCAGCACCCCAUCCAGAGAAAGACGGGCUCACCAAUCUCAGGUGCGACUACGAGGCUGCCCCCCUUGGCUUUUAGUGUUCCUCUGACAAUCUUGACAUCAACCCUGUGAGAUUUAGAGAGAGGACAGAUUUUUUGCAUCCAUCUUGACUCAUCAGCCAAAGUCCCAGACCAACUGACCAGUCAGAAAGAGAGACCCCAUCCCUUGCCCACUCUCCCCUGCUGCUAGCUAGCACCAGCAUGGCAGACAGUCGACAGCCAGAAGACGGUACCCCCCAGUGGGACCCAUCAGGAGGGCAGGAGCCUGCUGGCACCCACGGAGCCAAUGGCUACUCGGCCUCAGCAUACAGGACGUGCCAGCCUGGCGGGGCCCACAUGGCCGCAGCCUCCUACUCUGCCAGGGAGAAUGGAUUCAAUGGGGAGCUUACUGGGGCUCACGCUAUAACUGCAGAGCAAGUGUCAGCGCGUAUUGUGCAGGAAGUGACGGCAGAAGCUGUGGCAGUACUGAAGGGAGAACAGGAGACUCAAAGGUUGCCAUCAGUUGAAGACACCACCAAUUUGCCUCCCUCUCCUCCCCCCUCACCUGCUGCAGAGCACUUUGGUCCUCUGGAACAAGAUGUAGGGGAUGAGGAGGAGGCGGGCCCUCUCCGCCGCUUCCAAAAUUCUCGGGAGAGGUGCAAGUUCCUCGCCCCCUCCAUCUCAGUUUCCGUGCCCGAGGACGACCCCUACCACUCCGACGAGGAGUACUAUGAGCACCCAUUGUUCAGCCCAGAGUGGACGCACUCGGGCUCUCGCCCCACAGGGCAGGCCGUGGCCUUUAGACAGAUUGAAGAAGAGACCAUGGAGGCUCUUACAGCUGAAUACGAGGAGGAGGUGGAAGAGGAGGAGGAGAGUGCAGAGGCAGCAGAGUCCGAGGCAGCUCUUGAUGAGCAGCAAUGGAGUGGGGAAGAGCCUGAGCUGGACAGCCCCCAAGCUGAGCCCUUAGAGCAGGCAGAGGCCAUAGACGAGGCUCAGGACCUAGACCUGGAGCCGAUCGAAGCAGUUAGUGCUGCUGCAGAAAGAUCAAUGGACAGAGAGGAGGAGGAAGCAGAGGGUGAGGAGAGCCCUGAGACAGCUUUGAAGAUGGACUCAGACAAGCAGGGAAGUGGGUCCAUGAGUCCAGACAGCAUUGGAUCAGAGAAACGUCCAGAGGAGUUUUUUGAGCCCCAGGUCCAAGGGUUCUUUGCUGGUGAACGAGUUGUACCAGAGAGCCCCACCAUGGAUAUGCCGUCCUUUGUACCUCAAAAUGUUCAAAACCAAGCCAAAGAAUCUGCCAGAUCUCUCACGCUUCAGCCUCCAUAUGGUGAACCAAUCACAGUGUCAGAGAAGCAGCCGUCAGUGGAGGUGGUGGAGUUCAGCAGCAUUGGUGCACCUUCUGACUUUUCUUCAAUGGGAGUCAAAGUUCAAGAAGGAGACUCAAUGAGAGACACAAGAGACAGAUCUGGCAUGUCAGCAUAUUUUGAAACAUCAACUGUUGAGGCUGAUGAGGGUAAGGGUGAAGGUUAUUACGAACUGAGCACAGCUGGUGAAGAGAAGAGUACAACUGAUUCCGGGUCUCAGGAGAUCAGUUACAGCACACUAGCUGAAGCCCAGGAUAAACCUGAAACCAAAAAAAGUACACCAGAAGACACUGGAGUGUUCACACUUCCCGACAGGAGUAAUGAAUGCCGACUUUCCCCGGGUAAACUGGCCUUAGAGCAGAGGAGUUACUCUCUUAACAUCACCAUUGGAGCAAUGGAUCAGAGUGGCCAGGGCAAACCUAGGAACUUCUCCCCACUGGCCACAGAUAUCAUGUCAUACACUAGUGGAAGUCUAGAUGAGUCAGCAGACUACCUCCCAGUCACUACACCCUCUGUGGAUAAGCCUCCAUCCUUCCCUCCCCUGAUCCUGGAGACUGCAGCUUCCAUCACUUCAGAUUCCUCAUCUCCUCCAAGGACCACUGAACCAGUCUCAAAACACAGCCCUGAACCAGAGUCACCAGAAUCACCGCAGCCCCCUAAAAAUGCCUAUAAAAAUGGCACAGUGAUGGCACAAGACUUACCUGAGAUGUUGGACCUUGCUGGUACCCGUUCAAGACUGGCAUCAGAAAACACUGACCCAGAAAUUAUCCGGAGAAAGUCAAUUCAAGCUGAUGUCCCUGCCUUUGCUGACGACCCAUUGGCUAGCCUAGUGUCAGGGGAACAGAGUCCUGGGGCCAGAAAAAGUGAAAGCCAGCUAGAGGAGAUGGGCUAUUGUGUGUUCAGUGAAUAUUCAGGGCCCAUGCCAUCUCCUGCAGAUGUAUUUAGCCCUACAGACACUUCUGGACAGGUCUUCACCCCCUCAGUUCUGGAGGAGAAAGUGGCUGAGCAGGCAAGGAAAUUAGCCGUCAGAGACACAUCUGUGGAGGACAAGAGCCAGCCGUCAAGAGCUGCUGAAGUCACUGAGGAGAAAGACCAGAAGCAGGUAGAGAGAAAAGCUUCUGUUGAAGAAAAAGGCAAGGAGAUUGUAGAUGGUCAGCUGACUAAAUCUGCAAGUGAGCAGGAGAAACCACCUGCUCAGCCAACUGAGUCCUUUGUGACACCAACGGUCACUGUGACUCUAGAAGAAGGAGGGAGGUCACUGAGUGAGACUGAACGACAAGCCAGUGGCGAAGGCUCAGCAUCUGAAACUGAGAUUGCUGACUACGAGAGGCAGAUCCGCAAAUUAGAGAUGGAGGACAGGCCCCUCAGUUUGGAGGAGGAACGAGAACUGCAGGAGCUUCGGGAGAAGGUGAAGCUGGUCCACCAGGAGGCCUAUGAGGAAGUGGAUGCUGAAGAUGUCUACCAGUUGACCGGAGUGGCCAAGGACCGUAUUGCCAGGCCAGUGAAAACUUCACCUGCUUCAUCUGUGGAGAGCAACAUCGAUGAUGACAAGCUGCUCUCCCCAGUGCUCUCACCUUCCAAGCUUAAACAAAGAGAGGUUUAUGGCUCCCCAAAAAGAACACCUUCACCAGUGUUAGGAAUAAACAAAGAGGAGAAAGUGAAAGUGGAAUUAGAAAGAAACUUGAAAGAAGAGCAAGAGAGGGAAGCAGCUGAGAAGAAAAUGAAAGAAGAGGCGGAGAAAAACAAAAAAGAAAUGAAAGAGAGAGAAGAGCGUGAAAGGAGAGAGAAAGAGGAAAGAGAGAAAGAAGAGGCAGAGAGGAUACUGAGGGAAGAAAAAGAACGGAAGGAAAAGGGACAGAAAGAGCAAGAGAUGAAAGAGAAAUUAGAGAAAGAGAAGAAAGAGAAAGAUGAGAGAGAGAAGAAAGAGAAAGAAGAGAGAGAGAAGAAAGAAAGGGAAAGAAUGGAACAAGAGGAGCGAGAAAAAAUAGAAAGAGAGGAAAAAGAAAGAAUAGAGAAAGAGUUGAGGGAGAAGGAAGAGAAAGAAAAAGUAGAGAAGGAACUAAAAGAGAAGGAAGAGAAAGAAAAGAAAGAGAGGGAACUAAAGGAGAAGGAGGAGAAAGAAAAGCUAGAAAGGGAAAUAAAAGAGAAAGAAGUGAAAGAAAAACUAGAGAGGGAACUAAAAGAGAAGGAAGAAAAAGAAAAGCUAGAGAGGGAACUAAAAGAGAAGGAAGAGAAAGAAAAGCUAGAGAGGGAACUAAAAGAGAAGGAAGAGAAAGAAAAGAAAGAGAGGGAACUAAAAGAGAGGGAAGAGAAAGAAAGGGAACUGAAAGAGAAAGAAAAGCUAGAGAGGGAACUAAAGGAGAAGGAAGAGAGAGAAAAGAAAGAGAGGGAACUAAAAGAGAGGGAAGAGAAAGAAAAGAUAGAGAGGGAACUGAAAGAGAAGGAAGAGAAAGAAAAGAUACAGAGGGAACUGAAAGAGAAGGAAGAGAAAGAAAAGAUAGAGAGGGAACUGAAAGAGAAGGAAGAGAAAGAAAAGAUAGAGAGGGAACUGAAAGAGAAGGAAGAGAAAGAAAAGAAAGAGAGCGAAGAGAAAGAAAAGAAAGAGAGCGAACUGAAAGAGAAGGAAGAGAAAGAGAAAGUGGCUGAGGUGGACAAAACGGUUGCAGACAAGCCUCAAGAGAUAGCGAGACAACCAGAGGAAAAAGUAGCCUUGACACCUGCUGAAAAAGAAGCUGAAAAACCUGUGGAGGCUGAGCAGGAGGAAGAGGGAGGUGAGGAAGACAUGUUAGAGAAAGCAGGGGCAGGAGCUGGGGCAGCGGGAAUGAAAGAGAUCCCAGAGACCCGUGCUGCCAUCGAAUCAGUGGUGACAGUUGAAGACGAUUUCAUCACUGUGGUCCAGACCAUCGAUGAAGCAGAUGAGCCGGGACACAGUGUUCGUUUCUCGGCUCCUCCUGAGGCUGAAGGCCUUUGUGUCGGUGCCCGGAAGGAGGAAGACGAGGAAGACGAGGAAUCUGUGGAGUUAGCCCAAGAAGCAGACAUGGAGGCUGCCAGUCUAGAGGAGGUGGGUGAUGUUCCUGAGACCCCUGCCUCCCCCGAGAAGGAGGCUCAAACCAUAGAAACAGAAGAACCAACAGAAAGCUAUGAUAGAGAUGAGACCACAAUGGACGACUCCAUCCUGGACAGCUCCUGGGUUGACACACAAGAUGAUGAUAAGAGUAUGUUAACAGAGCAGAUUGAGCCUUUGCCCAAGGUGCCCAGCCCAGUCAAAAAGCUUGGUGUGGUCCCGAACAAACAGACACAACAGAAGAAGCCAGAGAAACAGGAGAAGCUGGUCAAACCAAAGACCAAAGGAGGGCGGGCUAGAGGUCGAAUCUCCACACCAGAACGCAAACCUGUCCGCAAAGAACCUGUCUACAUCCCUAGAGAGGAAGUCAAGAAGAAAAAAGCUGUGAUAAGGAAGACUGAGCUUUCCAAAAAAAUGGAGAGUCAGUCUCAAUCCCCAAUUAAGAGGAGCAUGAUGAAAUCAGCUGUUCGCGAGACCCGCUCCACCCAGCACCACUCCUGCCCCAGAAGGAGAACCACAGAGGCCCUACCAGACAGUCGUCAGCCUCUCAGUGUUGCAAGACAGUCUCGCGACACAGCAUCGGACGGAGGAUCACGAAGCCCAGACAAGAGGUCCUCCCUGCCGCGGCACGGCUCCAUUCUGAGUCGCCGUGGGUACCAUGACCACGAGGAGAGUUCCACCUCCAUCACCAGCUCUGGCUCCACUGCUCCCCGCAGACCCACAUCGUUUCGCCCUGAGAUGAGGGCAGAGCAUAGGACAGGACGAGCCCCUAGUAUGACAGUAACAGAAUCAGUCCGCUCCCGUUCGGCUCGCAGUGGCCAUUCCACCCCCCGUACUCCUGGCUCCACAGCCAUCACCCCAGGGACCCCUCCCAGCUACUCAUCAUCCUCCAGGACCCCUGGAACCCCUCGCUCCCUCAGCUUGAUUUCCCAGGAGAGGAAGGUGGCAGUAGUCCGCACCCCACCCAAGUCGCCUGCAACCACACCCAAGCAGCUUCGCAUCAUUAACCAGCCACUGCCUGACUUCAAGAAUGUCAAGUCCAAGAUCGGCUCCACAGAGAAUAUCAAGUACCAGCCCAAAGGAGGACAGAAUCAUAUAUUAAACAAGAAGGUGGACGUCAGUCACAUACUAUCAAAAUGCAGUUCCAAGGAUAAUCUGAAGCAUUCUCCCGGUGAAGCCAAUGUUCUCAUCCCCAGUGUUAAGCUGGACUAUAGCCAUGUUCAGUCUAGGUGUGGGUCCUUGGACAGGCGGGGCUACUCAGCAGGAGGUGGAAACGUGCAGAUACAGAAUAAGAAGAUUGAUUUGAGCCACGUGACCUCCAAGUGUGGCUCUCUAGACAACAUCCAUCAUCGGCCAGGGGGCGGUAACGUGCGUAUAGAGAGUGUGAAGUUGGACUUCAAAGACAAGGCCCAAGCCAAGGUGGGUUCCCUGGAUAAUGCUCACCACACUCCUGGUGGAGGCCGUGUCAUGAUUGAGAGCCACAGGCUGGCAUUUCGCGACCAAGCCAAGGCCCGAGUGGACCAUGGAGCUGACAUCGUCAUCCAGUCGCCAGGCCUGUCUGGUUCUGUGUCUCCCCACCGCCACCGGGACAGCCACCUCUCCUCCUCCGGCAGUCUCAACAUGAUGGAGUCGCCGCAGUUAGCAACCCUGGCUGAGGAUGUCACUGCGGCUCUGGCUAAGCAGGGUUUGUGAACACUGGAUCUGUGGGUUCAUCCUCUGCACCACAGACAUCCUCAGCCUGAUUCCCUCAAACUCUCUUUCUCUCUUUCUGCCCACUCCUGCCACCUAGAGGCAAACUUCAGCUAAACCACAGCCUCUGAACAUCUCCACUCCAAGAUCCAUUUCUCAACUUUAAGUAGGGACUCAAAUUAGGAGCUACGGUACUUUGGUCCUCUUUAUUUUGAUCCUGAAUAUGUGUUAUAUCAGAUUCAUUAUGUUGGCCUCUCUCUUUAAAUGAUGUUGCAUAGAAUAGUUCAGUCUGAGCACUCACUGGUCAUAGAUAAGAUUAAGUUUGUAAGGACCAGGUAUUGGCUUGACUGGCCCUGGAUCAGUGUUUUGAAGAAGCUAUUGCCUUUUUCUACAUAAAAUAAGAAGUAAUGUGGCCAGCACACCAUGCAGCACAUGUUGUUCUUGCUCAGUAAACGUGCAUGGACGCCAAACCACCUAACAAACCAAGCAUCCUUACUGCAAGUCAUUCUUGUCAUCAAAUAUAUAAUAUGAUAUAUUUAACAAAUAUAUAUAGAAACAUGUAUAAAAAUACAAGUUCUUCGCCAUCUAAAUGUCCUCAGAACAUUUUAAAAGGAAGUGACAAUAUGGCUAUAAAAUAUACCUGUAAAAUUGCAUUAUUGCAAGAACUAGGUCUAUGUUAUGACAAGCAUGUAUUGAUUCAAAUAUUAAAAGAGGCUAUUUUGUAAUUUAAAAAAAAAGGAUUUUAGUAAGUUAUUUCCUCAAUUAUUGGAUAAAAAUUAAACAAGUUCAUGUUUUGUAGUUAUUAGUUGUUUACAGUGUAAUGCUUGGUGACAGUGUCAGACAGCUGAUUUGGUGUUGCUAAGGAAUGCAUCUCAGUCCUGUUGACGAGCAUCAUACACUUGUACCUGCUCAGUAGUUCAAUAUAGAAGCCUGUUUAUACUUCAGAACAAUAUUAAAAACUGGAGUUCGUUCCACAAACAUCCAUCCAAAAAGGAAACAGCUCAAAGUAUAUUGUCUUUUCAGCUUACAUGAUUGAACAAUACAGACGUUUCUCCGCUAACAGACUGAUGUUGCACUAAUUGGGACUGUCUGCUGUCUGCACCACAGAAGAAGUCGCUACCGUUUGCAACCUGAGAUUUAGCAGAGGAGCAGCUACUCUGAAAUGUCUGUGUGUGUGUGUGCGUUUGGUGCAGAGCCCAUGUUGUUUUACCACGGAUGCUACCGUAUCUGGAUGUUAUGUUGCAAUAUGUGAGAGAAGAAAUGGGAAAUGCUUUUUUUGAAAAAUCCAUUCAAAAGACACUUGAUGAAGAAAAAUAAAACGACUGAAGGAACUCAGUCAACUCAACUGUUACAUCUGUUAGGAAAGUGUUUGGUCGAUCUAGUUUCUUUUUCAGACACCAUCUGUGGUAUAUCUUGCCUCCUGCCUAAAUACUGCCCUCACCUGCGACUGUUUGUUUGCUUCUGUGUUUUUUCUGCAUUCCCCAUCUCCGUGUGCCCCCUCCCCGCCUCCACCCUACAGCAACUGUAAAUGUAUUUAAAAGGUCAAGUAGAUGUACGCAGUUUUUCUCUUGUUGAUAUGACACCAAUUACAAUAAUUAAUGACAAUAAAAAGGACAAAAACUGA